UGAAUGUGACCGCGGAAGGCCUUGGUGAGAUCUCCUCGUCCACUUCCCCUUGCAGGCCAGGGAACGGCUAGAGGCUUCAGAGCUCCAGCCCAAUGGACCCCACACCGGGGAGCAUGGUGCCCUCUCUUCUCGCUCUCCUGCUGCUGCUCUCAGGAGGCAUGUCUGCUCCGUCCUCGCCGCCCGCCGGGCUGUUAGGGAGGGUCUUCCAGUACAUCGACCUCCAUCAGGAUGAAUUUGUGCAGACUCUCAGGGAGUGGGUGGCCGUUGAGAGCGACUCCAUCCAGCCCGUGCCUCGCCUCAGACAAGAGCUCUGCACCAUGAUGGCCCUGGCUGCAGACGAGCUCCGGCGCCUGGGCGCCAGCGUGGACAUCGUGGACUCGGGCUCUCAGAAGCUACUUGAUGGUCAGACUCUCCCCAUCCCUCCUGUCAUCCUGGCUGAACUGGGAAAUGACCCAGAGAAAGCCACUGUGUGCUUCUACGGCCAUCUGGACGUACAGCCCGCUAGACAGGAAGAUGGGUGGCUCACCGACCCCUACACGCUGACGGAAGUGGACGGAAAACUUUACGGACGAGGAACAACAGACAACAAAGGUCCUGUUUUAGCGUGGAUUCACGCUGUGAGCACGUUCCUAGCGCUGGAGGAAGAUCUCCCCGUGAAUCUCAAGUUCAUCGUGGAAGGGAUGGAGGAAGCCGGGUCUCUGGCCCUGGAGGGACUUGUCAGAAGAGAAAAGGACCGGUUCUUUUCCAGCGUGGACUACAUCGUGAUUUCAGAUAACCUGUGGCUCAGCCAGAGGAAGCCAGCCCUCAUUUACGGCACGCGCGGGAACAGCUACUUCACGGUGGAGGUGAAAUGCAGAGAUCAAGACUUUCACUCCGGAACCUUUGGCGGUAUCCUUAAUGAACCCAUGGCUGAUUUGGUUGCUCUUCUUGGUGGCCUUGUAGACGCAUCUGGCCAUAUUCUGAUCCCUGGAAUCUACGACCAUGUGGCACCUCUCACAGAAGAGGAAAAGGAAACGUACAAAGCCAUUGAGCUGGACCUAGAAGAAUACCGGAAUAGCAGCCAGGUGAAGAAGUUUCUGUUUGACACCAAGGAGGAAAUUCUGAUGCACCUUUGGAGGUACCCAUCUCUUUCUAUUCACGGGAUUGAGGGUGCAUUUGAUGAGCCUGGAGCUAAAACAGUCAUACCUGGCCGAGUUACAGGAAAGUUUUCCAUCCGCCUAGUCCCGCACAUGAACACGUCUGUGGUGGAGAAACAGGUGGAGCGGCAUCUGGAGUAUGUAUUCUCCAAAAGAAACAGUUCCAACCAGAUGGCUGUUUCUAUGACGCUAGGACUGCUCCCAUGGAUGGCAAACGUUACAGAUAAUCAGUAUCUUGCAGCAAAUAGAGCCAUCAAAACAGUGUUUGGAACUGAGCCAGAUAUGAUCCGCGAUGGCUCCACCAUACCAAUUGCCAGAAUAUUCCAGGAUGUUAUCCGGAAGAGCGUGCUAAUGCUCCCGCUGGGCGCUGUGGAUGACGGCGAGCACGCUCAGAAUGAGAAAAUCAACAGGUGGAACUACAUAGAGGGAUCGAAAUUAUUUGCUGCCUUUUUCCUAGAGGUGGCUCAGCUGCACAAGAAUGACGUGAAUGUUUCAGCUUAGAUCUGACCUGCUGACAGAGCCCCCUCUCCCACACCCCUGGACAGAAAUAGAGCCUACAUAGCCAGAGAAUUUGGGUCCACUCAAUAAUGUUUUCCCUCCCAUUUAAAAAGUCUUUGGACAUUUGGACCAGUCAUAAGGUACUUUAAAGGUACAGACGUUGGAAAUGGUUUACCGUCCCGUUGCCCACCUUCCUAAAGUCUUGAUUUUUGCGAAGUGCUGCUGCCCUGGCCCCAGAAUGGUGAGCACAACAAUGGCUCUUCGGUUAGACUCUCCCCUGGCAAUCUGAUUGGCGUGUCACUCCAGUUUGCACUCCAGGUCCAGAAGUGCUCAUGACACACAAUCCUUCCAGCCAGGGACAGUCGGCGCUUACUUCACUCUUGCUUUUGCCACAUCUCCCUUGUAUCUUAUUAAUGAAAGUGUGGCUAUCCACCACUGACUUCCGUGAUCUCCCUGUGGGUUCAUGUUUAGAGGCGUCACUAAAGCAGGGUACCAUGUUAGCCUCUUGCUUCCCUGCACUUAUUUCUCCUGCUUCUGAAAAGCUCUGGAAUGGACAUGGUCAGUGUUCGUAUCCACAUGCCACUUCGGGUUCCUUGUGUGAAGAGGAGGACUUUUUAUCCCAAGCCUCUUGACCGUUGCUGUUAAGGAUGCCAGCUGACCCUCCUCUUCCUGUUCUCUUCCUCCCGUCAGUGAAGCCCACCCCCACUCCUCCAGCCUCUGUGCCCAUGUCAAUGCACCACAGUGGAAUCAAUCCCGAUAGGAUUUCGCUCAGCCCACUGGAAUUUUACUCAAUGACUACAUGUAAAUUGCUCAAAGCUCUUAAUAGCAUCAGUGUUAGAUAGAGAACUAAUCAACCCUGACAUCAGUAACACAUUCUAAAUUUAAAGCCAUCAGCUAGCGCUGAAUUCAUUAAUCAUUUUAGUUAACUGUCUUGUUGGGCCUGAUUGAAUUUGAAGGUGUAAACAAACAAGAAUGUAAUUUUUCUAAGGCUGAGUGUAUGUAAACAAAUCAAUUCAGUCUUUAUACAAGCAUCAUCUAAAUCACAUUAAUGGAGAAGAAUUUAAGGGUUUAUUAAAAAUGUUUCUCUUAUGAUUCCAAAUAAAAACAAAGCAAUAACACGUUC